AUGCCAGCCUCUCUAUGGAUUCUUGUGGUCACGUGCCUCCUGCUAACCAAUCCACUUAGCAGUCGCAGACGACGAAGACAUUCUACCUGUGUGACCCACCCACGACUUAGGGACAAGUGGAACUUCCUAGAUGACGACCCCCGUGUCUACGUCAGGAUCAGGGCACAUCACGUGGUCUACAAGCAAGGCUCCACCAAGGUCGUCAAGUACGCCUGUGUGGAGAACAAGGGCAAUAUCUACUUGUUGAGGAAACGAAAGUACAAGGACAGCGAGGACGGAGUUGUGUGUUUGGGCUUCAGCUUCAUCGCUGACCACCCUAGGGCUGAGUACUUGGUCCUCAGACUGAUAGAGGCUGGCGAGGGGGCGCACCUGUUGAGUCCUGUGAUGAAAUCCCCCGAGAGUCAUCUAUCGAUAGACAUGACCUGCGACCUUGAGGGUCAGCCUGCAGACGAUCGGCACGCACAUACCACCACUGCCUUCAUCCGCCGCGCACUGCCCGGCUGCAAGUUCCCGCCAGAGAUCCAAGGCCGCUGGAACUUCACCUACCAACAUGCAAGGAUGUUGGAGAUCUGGCAAAGCAACGCCACCUUACACCUGAUGAGUGGCCAGGAUGUCCGCUUCUUUUGUGACAAGAGGGACGGCCAUGUUUUUGUGUUCCGAGCCAAGGCUUUUGUCAGCAAGGACGAGGACGCCAUUAUGUGCGCAGAGUUCUCUCCCAUGCCGGAAGACCCAUUCUACAGUUUCCAGGUGUCAAGACACAACAGUGGGAAUCUUCUAGACGGUCAGCUCAGGUCAGUUUCAAGGUCAAAGCCUGUCUACGUGCACGUGGACUGUGACUGGAUCGGCAGCCCCGCCAGACCCGAGUUUCUCUAUCCUUAG